UCCGAAGCGACAGCCCUAAACAGUUCAAUUUCAAAAUUCAAACGGCCGGAGAAAGAGGAUUGGAGACAUCUUUUUGCUAAAACUCAACUUACGUUAAGAUCAUGUCCCGCUUGCCAGUUAGUGCAAGCAAGAGGACUCUUUCCAGCAGCAGCUCAGAGAAUGGCCAAGACUUUGGGCCUGCUCAGAAGAAGAUGUGUAAGGACCGAGAGACCGUGAAACCACGUUCAGCAGCUACAAUCAUCGGUGGCAGGCGGCCCGCUGUUGGACCAACCAAGGCGCCUAUUUCUAGGCCGGUCAGAGCUGGAGUAGCUGCCACUGUGGCUGUUGGUCCCUCCAGAGGCGUCCUGAAACAAACAGUUGCAUCCACUAUCCCAAAAGCAGGUGGGGCUGGCGCCAGCAAACGUCCACCAUGGGACCUGAAGGGCAAGGUCAGCGACAUGGAGGGCAAGGUCCGGAACUUCCAGACCAAGAUCAAGUCUGUAAACCAGGAGAAUGAAGUUCUCAAAGAUACAGUGGUCCAGGCCCACACAAAAGUGUCUGAAAUGGAAAAAAGUCUUACGAGGCAGAGGAACCAGAUAAGUGAGUAUGAGAAGGAGCUGCAGGCAUUGUUGGGAGUGAGGGAAGAGUUGAAGAAAGUGUCUGGAGAUAAAAGCCUUCUUGAAAAGGAGCUCUCCAACUUGGAGGGAAAGUACAAGGUCAUGGAGACUCUCCGAGACAGCCAGGAGACAGAGCUGCAAGCUCUCAAGAUGAAGCUUUCAGUGCAGGAGUCGGCUCUGGCCCGCCUGCAGACGACCCUCACAAACACAGAGGAAGAGGUCUCCCUUCUCAAAGACACGGUGGUCCAGCAGAAAGACGAGCUUCAUGCUGGGGAGAUGGAGCGCAGGAGGCUCCACAAUACCAUCCAGGAGCUUAAGGGCAAUAUCAGGGUCUUUUGCAGAGUGCGCCCACUGGUGGAUGGAGGCCUCAGCAAACACAUUCAGCUCCCGGUCAGUGACAACACGACAAUAACACUGGCCAAAACAGAGGAGUCUCACACAGGCAAAACGUCUGAUACUCAGAAGAAUUACAAUUUCAAUUUUGACCGGGUGUUUGGCCCCCAGGCUUCACAACAAGAGGUCUUUGAAGAGAUCUCACUACUGGUGCAGUCAGCUUUGGAUGGCUAUAAUGUCUGCUGCUUUGCCUAUGGCCAGACCGGAAGUGGGAAGACGUACACCAUGGAGGGAAGCGAGUAUGAUGAUUACAGGGGUGUCAUUCCCAGAGCAGUGAAGCAAAUCUUCCGAGCAGCAGAGAAACUGGAAGCACAAGGCUGGGAGUUUACCUUCACAGCAAGCUUUGUUGAAAUUUACAACGAGACCCUGCGAGACCUCCUCUUCACCGGCAAGGCCAGCAAGAGGCCCGAGCACGAGAUCCGAAAGUCGACAAACAACGAGGUGACCAUCACCAACCUCACCUACGAAAAGGUCUCCAACGAGGAUCAGGUUCUCGGCCUGAUUAUGUUGGCCAAUAAAAAUCGCUCCACAGCCCAGACUGCCCAGAAUGACCGCUCAUCUCGCUCCCAUUCAGUCUUUCAGCUGGACAUCGAGGGAGUGAAUGUUGGCCGGGAUGUCAAAUGCAAGUCCACUUUGUGCCUAGUGGACUUGGCUGGCAGUGAGAGAAUGCUGAAGAGUCAGUCUCAGGGCGAGCGUUUUAAAGAGAUGACGGCAAUCAACGGCUCCCUGUCCAACCUGGGCAUCGUCAUCAGCGCGCUGGCCAACAAGGAGAGCUACGUUCCGUACAGGAACUCAAAGCUUACCUACCUUCUGCAGGGCUGCCUGGGUGGCAACAGCAAAACACUCAUGUUUGUGAACAUCGCCCCAGAGCCGGACAGCUUUGGGGAAACCCUCAACUCCCUGAGGUUUGCCAGCAAGGUGAACGACUGUGUAAUUGGGACCGCGAGUGCCAACAGAAAGUAGACACUAGAUGGUGCUUAAAAAACUUUGAUUUUUAGCCUCACAGUCACAUUUUAAAGUGCUUAUAUUAUGCUUUUCCCCAUUAUUUUAUUGUGUUGUAUAUCUCUUUGUGCGUGUUUUUAUAAAUUGAAAAAGCCUAAAGUCACCCUCAAAAGGCCUUACCAUCUCCAUUAGAAAACACUGUUCAACAUCUGCUCCAAACAGCGCUGUUGUAAUCCAGCCUUUACUUCUGUGACGAACGUGCGUCACUUUGUAACACACAUUAUAAUGCUCGUCUAUCUUAUACUCUGCUUCUGACUGGCUAGUAGUCCUUACCUAGCUAAUGCGCAUUUGAGACAACCAAAAACAACGGAGUAGAUGUGCGAUGCCUCACUCUGUAGCUAAAACAGAGAGCUAAACACACAGGGUGAAAAGAGGAGCUGCAGCAAUGUGUAGUACAACAAUAUACUGUUUUUAUGAAAAAUGUAAUAUAAAUGUAAACCUUUUGUGGUACCACCUCUAAAUUUCCUUGCCUUUUGACUU